AUGCCAACACCAUCUGUAGAGAAUAGGGCACAGAUGUCCUUUUCACUUGUCCCUGGGACGUCUUGUUUUGACGACGCGUACGUACGGCAGUUGGUAUGCUCAGCUCAGGUUAUGAACAUGAUCGCCGAACCUGUGAUAUGCGAGAUUGUUGUGCCUUCGCAUUGGGAGAGUUGUGUGCUCCACUCACUUAUCAUGAGACCACUACUGUCUUCUCAUCCUCCAGGUUUGGAUUUGAAGCCCAUGGUCAUAGUCACAGAGAACUUCUAG